AGGAAAGAAAGACCAAAACUCUAUCUGUGUUUGUGUGUUCUCACAGCUGCAGUCAGACGGCAUGCUUUGGGUGUGACCCCACCCCCCUCCACCUGCAGUCAGCUGAACACAGAGCAGCUCAACAAGGGGGAACUCCACCUGAGCCAGAGGCCUCACACUGGUUCUGCUCCAAAGAAUGAGGCCCACGCUUCCUUUCAGGCUGAUGUGAAGAAGGCCAUCGGAGCAGAGAAGACGGCGCUGCUGCUGCAGGCCAUCCAGAGCUACAAGAGAAGCGACUGCUACGAGGCCCUGGUGGGCACCGCUGUGAGCCUGUUCACAGAGAGGGACCAGGACUUCCAGCUGCUAGUCCGAUUUGGCACGUUUAUUCCCCCCCGCCAUAAGAAGCAGUACAAAGAGAUGUUGCAGGCUCUGGCGGGCCAUUCCUCCUCUGCUGAGGUUCCUGCUGUGAGCGAAGACGAGCAAAGACACGGUGAAGAAAAACCCAAUCUAGCACUAGAGUCAGUGUUUAUGUGUUUGUAUUACGUCCUUCCUGAGACUUGUU